AUGGAUUCUUUUGAUGUCUACUCCAAGCACUUCACGGUUAUGAAUUACAGAGACAGUGAAAACUUAAAGCAGGUUUGUUUUUCUUUCCUGUUUAUGACAUGUUUUUUAUUUUUAAGGGUACUCUGAAUUCUAACACGCUACAUUCUAAGGAGUAGCGUUUCGUUAGGACUCGGUAGAGAAUUUUACGGACAUUCUGUAACAGACUAAAUCAAAAUGCGACGUUUGAAUUAAAAUGGUCAUUGCUAGAAAAAAACUUGAGUCUUGGUGGAAGUGAUAUACAGUAAAAACCCGCAACUAAGAACCUACAUUUUUAGGAGUUAGCCUAAACAGGUUCUUAUAUAAAUGGUAGUUAACAGAAUUUUAGGCUAUUUAGGUUCUUAAAAUGGGUUCUUAAUCCUGGAGAAAAAACAGUUAAAAAACAGCACUAGCUGCAUAAUGGUGUGCUGAUUUACAUAUUGCUUAGUAUGCUUUGUAAGUCUACAUAUCUUGCACUCAUUUUUCUUUAAAAAACAUUUUUACAACAAUGGCAAUCUGCUUUUUUUUUCUUCAAAUGCAGCUGUAAUGUACUAGUAUGAUUUUAGAAAAUAAGAACCUGUUUUAAAUUUCUUAAACUAAAUAGGUUCUUGUUUAUAGGGGGUAUAAAUGACCGAUUUUAGGCUAACAGGUUCUUAAUUUUUAGGUUCUUAGUUGCGGGUUUUUACUGUAUGCCCUGGAUUACGUUACGUUAAGGCAAAACAAAAUGUAAUUUUUGAAUAUAAAUGUUAUAAAGAAGGAGGUUUAAGCUCAAUUUAAGUUUUCGUUGAAACUUAGAUUACGUUUUCAAAACCAAUUUUGUGAAUUGUGCGGAGGACCCUUCCUUUCACAAAUCUCUCAUUUCAAGGACAAGACUCUGAUUCCAAAUAUUACCCAAUUACCCGUAAACGUUUUGAUCAAUGAACUUAUGAACUGAUCUUAUUACUUUAUCUCUAUACAAUUCAUGAAAUAUAUUUCAGCUUCGUUUGAUCUUCGCGACAAAUUGUAAACAAAGUAACUUAAUUGUCCUAUGAUAUAAUUUUAGUUUUUCCUCUUAAAAUAGGUUUUUCCAAUACUGUAUGUACUUGUGUGGUCAUGCAAUUAUUAGUUGUUGUUGUUGUUGUUGCGCAUUCCCUUGUUACUGCGAUUGGGGUUGCUGUGCUUUGCGACAGUCAGAUCGCGCAACGAAAGUGUCAUGUGAACUGACUUUUUAACAACCUUUUCUUUCUUAACAGGUUCACCACCAUGAAUUUAUACCCAUGUUCGAGCAACAAUAUCCCAAUCAUAAAUGGGCAGAUGUAGAGGUAUUUAAAGCAUACAACAUUCGUCAGUUGAGUUCAAAAAGUACUCUAUUUGAGAUUAGCUAUGCCAGUUGAAAGCAGGAUAGCUGGAACAGGCUGAAUGAAGUUAUUGUGGUCCCGUAAUACUCCCCUCUCUGACGAAAAAUGCACCACUCCACCGCGACUACAAACAGCACUGUGGGUUACUUUUGCGUCCCAUUCGAAAAUAGAGAGCUUUAGAUUCCAAACGAGUAGGACGACGAAUACGAGAUUUUCUCAAUGCUAAGUGGUGUUCGCGUGUGAGCCGGCGUCAUUUUGGCGGGAAAACGUUAUAGCCGUCGUCGUUCUACUACGAGUUUUAGCGAGAAUGUCGUAGUGGCGGAAACAAGGUAUCAAAUGUUAGAAGUUUUAUCAUUUUGCGAUCGGGACAGGGCUUAACCUCCUUCAAUAAAGAUAACAUUAUUAACUUUUCUGAGGGAAAAAGGAACAAUGAAGCAUUCUGGGGUGUCUAUUUUUUGACAAUACGCGAAAAAACUUUAAAUCAAAUCUCUUGCUCAUAAUCGUUCUCAUCCUCGAAUCUUAAGGUCUCUAAUACUCUACAAGACCCUCACCGUGGGGGUUCAUUGGCCUGCUGACUGCGCGAGGCAAUGGUUUAAUAGAUUAUAAUUACUCUUUUUUCCGGCUGGAGUGGAGAGCUACUCCUAACCCGUGGAAUGGGAUAGAGAUAUAUAUACAGUCUGUAGUUAGUCUUUUGAAACAAGAAACGAUUGGCAUUAUUGUCAACUCGGACAUUUCCACAACGCACCCGCUUUCCCACCCCCCAAAUCUCCCUGCCCCAAAAAUAGAGCACGACGGUAUAAUAGUGUAUUCUUAGACAUAUUUAAUUCUGCAAGCAGAAUACUGCAAUGCUGAUCGUACUACGUGAAAAUUAACUCUAAAGACAUCAACACGACACCGAAAGAACUCAAAACAGAGCGGGAUUGUAGCCAUAGACAGCUUUUUCGCCCUCUUUGGGGAUCGUCAGUAUAGCGUAACAACCAGAGAAAGCUCUGAUGAAAAAUAUCCGCUCACUCUGAUUUCAGCCCUGACCUAGAACUUUCAACACCCACGUAACAGAACCACGCCAUACCACGUGUCUUCUGGGGGGCAAAAGUCCAAGUGUCAAGUUGAUGUCUCGCAGAGAAAAUAAAGAAUUGGCCAAAACCAACCUAUAAAACAUAUGCACAGAAUCAUGCAAAAAUUACUGCAUAUCGGAUCUAUAAAAGAUCUACGACCCUAGAACACAUAAAGUACAAACAUUAACCACAAGGUUAUAUUAAAGGUUGUAUUCUUAUUCAAUGGAUGCACAUACCGACACACUGAGAGAGACUUUCAAUCGCGUUUUGAAAAGGAUUUAACAUUUAUCGAAAGGUUUAAACUUUAAGAUAAAGUGAGGAAAAACCUAAAAGAGACUCAUUGUGGCAUCGUAUUUUUCCUAUUGCGGGUUAAAAUAUAGAAUUAAUACCCGCACGCAAGAAUAUUUCUUUUCAGUAUAAGUAUGUUUGCAAGAUUUUGGUUUAAAUGACCCAUCCUUUCCCCAAUAAUUAAAAAAGGUGCCCCAUGGUAGCGGGGGACAGGAAACGUAACUUGAUCCUUCUUCCAUGUCCGUUUUUGCUGCACAGACGAGGGCCCCCAUUUUUCGAUUUGGCUUUGCCGCCUGGCAGCCCAAUUAAAAGACAGAAUGGCGGACGGAUCCCUAAUAAGGCUUUGCGUUUUCCACUCCCCCUUCAAUGCCAAUUAAACUCAUUUCACAGCUAGAAAAGAUCUUGAAUUCGGCCUCACUUUAAUAUUGAGAGUUUUGGAACUCCGAAAUGGCUUAUUAGAAGGAGGGUGCCUAAAAGAAGGAAGACGCUAAUUUGACAUUGCCUUUUUACUUUUGAUAAUCAGGCUAGGGUGUUUAAGAUGUUCCGAGAGAUGUUCGAAGCAGCAGUGUCCGACUCACCACCAAAGACCUUGAUGCACUGCUCACAGGUGAGAUAUCAGGUUUUUCAUGCUCCGAUCUGUUCCAUUUUAAUUUUUGUCCCAUCAAGUUUACGAAUGACUCCCCACCAAACAGCAUUUUAACGUCUUUAAACUUGAUGCAGCUUAGUGUAAAUACAUUACUCUUUGUUUAGAAACUACAUAUGUCAUCUUUUAGUCGCUUUACGUCAACAAAUGUUUUGGCGGCCAUGCAUAAAUAUUAUCCGAAAAACGAACAAUCCAAGUUCAUUGAGCAAAAUUUGAGAAGUCGGGAGUCGCGACGUCGCUGUUUGAUAUGACCACUCGUGUCACAUACGAAAAAACACCACUCUGUUCCAAGAUUUAGUGGUCAUAUUGGUUCUACGAAUAAUGCUUUCAUCAUCAUCAUCGUCAUGUCUGAACGCGCCGGUAGGUGCAUAAGGCCUCUCUACGAAUACUUUACUUUGCAAUAAAACAACAGUGUUGUAGAAACGAUGCCUAAAUGGAGUAACGGUUUUUACUGUGUGUUGAAACGUUUUUCUUUCUCUAGUCCCGUGCGUUUUAUGCUUUGGAUCUUAUGCUGAAAUGGGCUGACGAUGGUACGUUUUGUAGUUGGCAAUGUAAAUAUGUUGCAUGAAAAUUGUUUAACACCUUGUGGGGCCGCAUCUUAUUAGACAUGAAAAAGAACGGCCAUUAAAUCAGUUAUUAUCUUUUAGACAAUCAAAGACUUCAGGGUGAAGCCAUCCUUACAUCUGCGGGCAUUAUUAAAACUAGGAACACUGGAAUAUUUUGAAACACCCCAGGAACAACCUAGUAAAGCUGACAAUAAGUGAAAUAAAAAAGGCAAACGUAAAUCGUUAACCCUAACUUUUAAUCUGUAAAAUAUUUAGUGUUUUCCUGUUUUUGUUAUUCACUUUACGUGUUCCGUGCGAUUCGGAAAUGUUCUGCGUUCCAGCUUUUAGCACAGGCGUUCUACGGAUCAGUACUGAGAUUCAGGCAUAAUUGCCUGGUUGCACUUAACCCGCGUUUUGCCUUAAGUGAGACGAUGUUUUUUCUUUUACCGAUAGGCACAGACCAGAUGAUUCCCCAAGUUUUGGAGGUGAAUUACUGUGCCGACUGCGAGAGAGCGUGCCGCUAUCAUCCAGAAUUUUUCAACUAUAUUUUCAGUCUGCUCUUCCUUGGCGAUUCCAAUGGUUGGCCUGUGGAAGAGCUAUAA